AUGGCGGGUGCCCCUCCUUUUACGAUCCCGGGGAUGGGUCUGUUGCUUGGAGCGGCGGAGAUCGGUGUCGCUCUUGGGACAUUCUUGACCGGUAUUCUGGUGAUGCAGACGCUCAUGUACUUCCGAAUGUACCGGGAUACGUGGGGCGUUCAAGUCACGCCAACCAUCCUGACCUUCCGUGCAUGCAGAAUGAUCGACCUUGUACAUACCGCGUUGCUCCUCGCAACGGCUUUUAGAUACACGAUCACGUUCUACGGACAACCUGACACCGUCAGCAUCGCGACAACGACAUUGAACGGCGCGAUGUGCUUAACCGGUAUCAUGGCGUUUAUCGUUCAGGUUUUCUUCUCCCGCCGCUUGUGGCUCCUGAGGAGGAAUCACGUCCUGACCGGGAUCGCGUACGCCUUAUCCCUUACGCGGUUCAUCCUCAGCAUAGUCACCGCCGUCGACUCCUUCCGUGUGCCCAACUUUCAGCUCUUUGAGCGCAAAUACAACUGGACGGAGACGUCCACGCUGGCCAUUGGCGCGUGUGUGGACGUGUUUAUUGCUGUCUCGACAUGCGUUACGCUGCUCGCCAACAGAACUGGCGUGAGAUCGACGGACAAGAUCAUGGAUCAGGUCGCCGCUUACAUCAUGGGAACGGGUUUGCUCACGAGUCUCGUCGCGGUCAUAGACCUAAUCUGCUUCGUGACUAUGGAUAACUUGAUAUGGCUAGCAAUCUUCUUCAUAUUAACAAAACUCUUCUCAAACUCCCUGCUCGCGUCCCUCAACCUCCGAAGACACCUGCGCAAUCAACUCAGCCCGGACGCCCUCGUGCCCUUCCACAGCAGCCAGCAGCACGCCCGAGGCCGUAACGAGGCCAUCACGAUACGGAAAGAUAUACAAACGGUGACAGAUCGGGGCGUGGAGUUGAACGGGUUCGGCAUCACCCGGUCGACCGAGAACCAUAUGUUAGGGCUCGGACCCGAGGACGACAUGGAUGUCCACUCGGACCGACUCGGUAAAGUCAAAUUGAUUGCCGAAGAGGUAUAG